CUCUCGUUUUAUCUCGUGUUUCUACCUCCAUAAUCCAACAUUAUAAAGCUAGUCUCCAUAACUCCCAACUUUUAUAACAAACGCUCUAAAUGCUCUCCGAUCAAGAAACAGUGAAAAGCUCACUUCCAUUCCAUUCAAGAAAAAACAAAGCAAACAAACAGAGAGUAAAGACUCAGAGACUUGAAGCAGAGGAAGAAUCACAUAAAAGCUAAGAAGAUGAGGAAUAUGGCUAAAGAAAACCCCGGUUCCAAUCCAAAGAAGUUGGAGAGCUUGAUUCCAAGAAAUGAGUUCGUAGUUGUUCAUCUUCUGGUGGUUUUGCUAAUGGGUUUUAUGAGUGUAUCUCAAGGGAGAUUCAUAGUCACACCCACAAUGCAAAGAGGUCGAGAUGUUCCUGCAAUGUAUGUCUUGGGGGAUUCUUCUGUUGAUUGCGGCGAUAAUACCCUCUUCUACCCUCUUCUUCAUCGUAAUCUGUCCUUAUAUCCUUGUAAUGGCUCAGAUUCGAGUCUUCUUCCCCAUCUUCUCGCUGAAAAGAUGGGUUUGCCAAAUAUACCACCAUUCUACAGUCAAAACGGAUCCAUUGAAGAACUACUAAGAGGCAUCAACUUUGGCUCAGCAGAAGCAACAAUCAUGAACCCCAGCAGCCAGAACUAUCAGUCUCUUAAUCAGCAGCUCCGUCAAGUGUUCGAGACGAUAGAGCUUUUGUACUUGCAGCUUAGCCAGCGAAGUGUCAUCCAGUUUAUCAGAUCCUCUAUCUUCUACCUCUCAUUUGGCAAAGAUGAUUACAUUGACCUCUUCCUCCGCAACUCUUCCGGUGCAUUGCUCGAGUACAGCAGCCAAGAAUUUGCCAACAUUCUGGCAACCCAAAUGGUUCAUGUUAUAAGGAACCUUUAUAACUUGAAUGCGAGGAAGAUCAUCUGUAUGGGGAUUUUGCCUCUGGGAUGCACUCCCCGGAUGUUGUCGUUGGUUUCAGACUCGAAUAAUUCCACAAAUGGUGGAAGGAAAUGUGUGGAGAAGAUCAACAAGCUGGUUUUGGAGUACAAUGCAAUGCUGAAUGAACAGAUUGUAGAGCUCAAUGCGGAGCUGCCUGAUGCCCAUAUAGUCUUCUGUGAUGUCUAUCAAGGAAUAAGGGAGAUCAUAACCUAUCCAGAGACCUAUGGAUUUGAGGAUGUGAAUAGUGCAUGCUGUGGGCUUGGACCGUACGGGGCAACAAUUGGGUGUCUAUCAAUGGAAAUGGCAUGCAACGAAGCUUCAUCCCAUGUGUGGUGGGAUUUAUACAACCCAACAAAAGCAGUCAAUUCCUUGCUAGCUGAUUCUGCAUGGUUUGGCCAACCUUUCUCUGGUAUUUGCCGUCCUUUCACCAUCCAUGAAUUGGCCGCUGCUUCAGUCUCUUUACCAUCCCAUAAUCACCUGAAUUGAAAAUGAGUUUUUUUAUUUUUAUUUUUUUCUUUGGUUCAUAGUUACUAUAGAGAGUUCAAUCAAAGUUAGAAUUCCUUGUA